AUGGAAUCUGAUGGUCCUUCGCGACGGAACCCCACCCCGGAGCAGCUACAGCGCAUCACGGCGCCUUUCGCAACAUGGAAGCCUGGCAAAAUGGCCGUCGAGAUUGACCUUUUCGUCGCCGAGACUGGCUUGGAAGACGACAGGGAUUACAUUAGCCGCGGUGCAAAGCUGGCCCAGGACAAGGACGCAUUCAAUCGUCCCCGAGAUGCUCUCGAGUACCGUGAAGGCUCGGACGAGAAAAAGCGUCUUCAAUGGGAGGCAGAGCAGAAAGGUAGAGAUAGAUUCCGGCAGACGUGGACCCUAUACGCACUUGUCGUCAUCUGUUCAAUUGGAGCCGCAGUCCAAGGCUGGGACGAGUCGGCUGUCAGCUCAGCCCAGAUCUACUACCAGUACGCUCUCAACAUCCAAGGGAACAUCCUUGGUCUCGUGAACGCGGCGCCGUACUUGUGCUGUGCUGUUACGUGUUGGCUGAACCAUCCGCUCAACAAGAUCUUUGGUCGUCGAGGGACGAUAUUCAUCACUUGUUUCGUCUCCUUUGUUACCUGCCUUGGUCAAGGCUUCGCUCAGACAUGGCAACAGCUCUUUGUAGCUCGCCUGCUUCUCGGCUUCGGAAUCGGCCCCAAAAGCGCCACCAUUCCUGUAUUCGCAGCAGAAUGUGCACCGGCAAAUGUUCGAGGUGCUCUGGUCAUGAUGUGGCAAAUGUGGACUGCUGCAGGGAUAAUGUUCGGAUACAUAGCUGGUGUGGCUCUACACGCCAUCUCAGACGGCUCCUCUAAUGACUGUCGCGCCUUCGGAAAUUUCACUUUCGAUCUGUCCGAGAACGACACGCGUUCCCAGGGUGCUUAUGCAAUCCACUGGGAUGAUGCCUUGGGAAAGUUCAACAGUUCUGGAAUUCUCCCUCCUCAUAUUCACGGUGCUUCGAAUAUCCAGUACACGAAUAUCACAAACACUGUACAUCUCCUUGGUACCAACUGUAGCUUGAAUUGGCGCAUGAUGCUUGCGGCGCCGAUGAUACUACCUUUAGUCGUCAUGGCCUACAUCUAUACCGUACCCGAGAGCCCUCGAUGGCUGCUGGACAAAAAGCUCUAUCUCAAGGUCUGGGACUCGCUUUGUCGACUGAGACAUUUGAAGCUUCAGGCAGGGCGUGAUUUCUUUCUCCUCUAUCAUCAACUCAAGAACGAGCGCGAGGUUUUCGAAACGCAAAGGGGCGCUAAGCAACUCUUUGGACUGAAACAGCUGCUUGGUCAGCCAAGAAGUAGGAGAGCGCUCCAAGCCAGCCUCAUUGUGAUGUUUCUUCAGCAGUUCUGCGGUGUCAACGUCCACGUAUACUAUUCGGUAUCGGUUUUCUACGAGCAGGCACACUUUCCGGUUACCUCGGCGCUGCUGGCCGGAAUGGGCUUCGGCAUCAUAAACUUCCUGUGUGCCCUGCCGGCGGUUUUUACUAUUGAUACCUUUGGCCGCCGCAACCUACUCCUCAGUACCUUUCCGUUUAUGGCCAUCUUCCAAGCCUUCAUCGCCAUUUCUCUAGCUGCAAAAGGGACCACGCCUUUGCUACUUGUGGGCAUGUACCUAUUUUCCGCCGCAUACAGCCCCGGAGAGGGACCUGUUCCGUUCGUCUAUUCCGCGGAGAGCAUGCCCCUCCACAGUCGCGACCUGGGGAUGGGAAUCGCCACAGCGGUGCUUUGGCUGUUCAACGGCAUCCUCGCCAUCACGUACCCGCAAUUUCUGAGGAGCUUCACGCCAGCCGGCACCUUUGGCUGGUAUGCCGCCUGGUGUUUCGCAGGGUGGUUCAUGAUCUUACUAUUUGUCCCCGAGACGAAAGACCUCAGUCUCGAGCAGCUCGACAAGGUCUUCAACAAGAGGACCUCAGAACACAUGUCUUACGGCUGGCGUCAGUUGUUGUUUUGGGUUCGGCGGUAUGUGCUCUUGCGCAAAUAUGCCAAAAGCCCUACCCUAUGGCCGACGGACGAACAGGACAACUGGGAGGCUGGGUCCAAUGAUGACCGUUCGAUAACUCAGGACUCUGAAAAUGGCCAUGAGAUGCGGGAGCUGGGUCCGUCCGUCUCCGUCGCAAAAGUAGGAAACUGGUAA